UGGAAAUGAAUUUAAUUUCGCAAUUUACUUCCACAGCGUUCGUGGUAUCGUUACGGUUGUGUAUAACUGCAUAUGUUACAGCCUAUAUUGCAGAGGAAGAUAGUUACUCUUUCGUAGCACUGAUCGAUAUCGUUUUAACGGAUGGCGCUAAAAGAACAUGCACCGGGACUAUUAUUCACGACAACGUUGUUAUCACCAUCGCCCACUGCUUCAUCCAAGAGAAAGACAGACAAACCCAAGCAGAAUUGACCGCGUCUUUCGUGGUUAUUGGCACAAAGAAAAUGUUUGACACCGGUUAUGAGCAAUACCUGCCUAUAGAGCGAGUGAUCAUCCAUCCAGACUUCAAGGGAUGGUCUCAUGACCUGGCUCUAGUGUUCACGUUUGCAAGUAUGGUAUCGGAUAAGCCUGGGAGGAUAAUACCGUUGGCGAAUGAUGGGUUAAUGACCCCCGUGGAUGGGAACGUGACGGUUAUCAGUUGGGGACGGUGUAAGGAUGUAAAUAUAUUAAAACCGAAAACCACGAGGGAAUAUUGGUCCAAUGAAGAGUUAUUGUAUACAACGGAGCAAACUAGGUUGAGAAAAAGAUUCAAAGUGACGUCACGAGGUAAACAUCGAUAUGAUUCUAAUAAAGGAACAAAGUCUGAAACAGUAGGAUUCUACGAACCGAGGGCUCAAAAAUCAACAAUUAUGGAUGUUGGAGACGAUUUGAGAAGUGAAUAUUCACAAUGGCAAAGAACGCAUAUUGAAAACUCAGAAGAAAAUAUAGAUCUAUUAUAUGAACAACUGAACAAUCAAUCAGAUUUCGACAGCGCGGAGGACAAGAAGAAGUGGGAUAAAACCAAGGUAGCUCUGGAUAAAUUUCAAUCCAAAAUGGAUAUUCGUAAAAUGCGAAGCUCUUAUCUACAAACAACAUACAAUGUUCUGCCGCAUUACAAAAAUAAUUGGCGUAGAAAAAUGGGAAAACAGCAAAACAAAUUAACGGUCGAAGUAUUCGGUUUCAUAAACGUUGCCAGCUGCAAGAAAAUAGUAGAAAAAACUAAACCAGCUCUCUACCAGAUCCGUGAGUAUUCAUUUAUUUUUUAUCUCAUUUCCAUAUAUUCAAUUAACGAUAUUCUUAUUGGCGCAGAAAAUGGGAAUGAAGUCAUAUGCUACGCGAGUGAAAAUCGCUUCGUGACCGUGGAGGAUUCCGGGGCACCAGCUAUAAGUCAUGGGCACCUGGUCGCUGUCACGGUCGGCGGGGCGGAGUCGGAAGGCGACGAAGUGGCUAUCGGUAUGAAAAUCAGCUGCUAUUGCUCGUGGAUUGCGGAACAUUUGCCUGAUGGUGGUCCUCUAAUGCAGUGCUGCAACAACUGCUGUGAUCCCGCCGUGGUUCGUUAUUCAGAGAAUAAUCGAGAAGAAAGGCGACUGCGUCGGAAAAAGAAAAGGAGGCUAUAAAAUAAAUAUUUGUUUUUGCUAUUUUAUUU